AAUUAUUGUAUAUUUACGUAUUUACAAUACAAAUAAAUUUUUCAGACAAACUUCAAUAUUUUUCGAAGAAAUGUCCGCGCUACCUAAGGUCGACAUAGACCAGCCGAAAUUCGAUCAGAGCACUUACGUUGGACGAUGCAAGCAUUUUUUCCUGCUCACCAACCCAUUGAACUUACUCGCCAGCGACGCAAAAUUGAAACGCGCACAGCGCAUCGUUAAGAAUUAUCGCGCCGGCAAAGAUGUAUCGAAUGAUGUAAGCAGCUUGGACGAAUUGUGGCGCGCCAAAUAUGUAUACGACUCUGCAUUUCAUCCAGAAACUGGCGAGAAAUCACCACUUAUCGGACGCAUGUCAGCACAGAUGCCAAUGAACACCAUCAUAACCGGUUGCAUGCUUUCUUUUCACAAGAGCACCGGCGCAGUCGUCUUCUGGCAGUGGUUCAAUCAGACCUUCAACGCCAUUGUCAACUACACCAAUCGUUCGGGUACAUCUAUGCUGACCACUGGUGAUUUAUUGAAAUCUUAUUGUCUAGCUACCGGCGGCGCAUUGGUCACCGCCUUGUCACUGAAACGUCUUACGGCGAAUAUGCCGGCACUUAUGGGUCGCUUGGUGCCAUUUGUGGCCAUAUCGGCGGCGAAUUGUAUUAAUGUGCCGAUGAUGCGCUUACGGGAAAUACGUAACGGUGUAGUGUUGCUAAAUGAUCAGGGUCGCGAGGUGGGCGCAUCCAAGCGUGCCGCAAUUACGGGUAUAGCGCUUGUAGUGCUGAGUCGCAUUUCAAUGGCAAUACCGGGUAUGACCUUCACGCCAUUUUUAAUGGAUAAACUGGAUAAGCCGGGUAAGCUACUCAAUCGUAAGCCUUGGCUAAGUCCACCACUGCAGACAGCAAUGUGCGGUCUUCUUUUAAUUUUUGCAACACCGAUGGGAUGUGCUUUGUGGCCGCAAAAAAUGAGCCUCAGAGUGGAGAGGCUGGAGUCUGAGGUGCAAGAAGAUCUCAGAAAAAGAUAUCCAGACCUGAAGGUGGUUUGGUUUAAUAAAGGUUUGUGAUGAGGACUUCUGGCAAAAUAUGGGCAUAUGUAAUACAUAACACUCUCUGGGAUUGAGAAGGAUAUGAAGAUUUCUUCUCUGUAAACGUGAAAAUCUUUGGGAUAACGAUUAAAUGAUUGUGGUUCGCACGAAAAAAGU